AUGCCCUUCGGACUAAAGAACGCCGGCGCGACUUAUCAGCGACUCGUCAACCGAAUAUUCGCUAAUCAGCUUGGCAACACCAUGGAAGUGUACAUCGACGAUAUGUUACGAGGAAUCAAAGCUAACCCCAAGCAGAUCUCGGCGAUCCUCGACCUUCCAAACCCGACGAACAGCCGCGAAGUACAUCGACUAAUCGGACGCAUAGCAGCUCUCAACAGGUUCAUCUCGCGAUCAACCGAUAAGUGUCUUCCCUUCUACGAGCUACUGAGAGGCAAUAAGAGGUUCGUCUGGGACGAAAAGUGCGAGGAGGCGUUCAAUCAACUCAAGCAUUACCUCACAACCCCCCCAGUACUAUCGAAGCCAGAAGCCGGCGACACAUUGUCUCUCUACAUAGCCGUCACAUCCUCCGCCGUCAGCAGCGAACUCAUUCGAGAAGAUCGGGGAGAACAGAAACCAAUCUUUUACACCAGUAAAAUAAUGACCGAGCCGGAGACGAGAUACCCAACACUUGAAAAGAUGGCCUUAGCUGUCGUCACCUCUGCCAGAAAACUACGACCCUACUUUCAGUCGCACACGAUUGAAGUACUGUCCAACCAACCACUCCGAACGGUUAUGCAGAAUACUAACCAGUUAGGACGGUUGACUAAAUGGGGGAUGGAGCUGAGCGAACAUGACAUCGUGUACAAGAAUCGCACAACAGCAAAGUCAAAGGUCCUUGCCGACUUCUUGAUCGAGUUAACGCCAGAGCUGGAGCAAGACCUCAUCCUACCAAGUGUAAACUGGAUCCUACAUGUCGACGGUUCAUCCACGAGUAAAGGGUCGGAAGCAGGAGUGCAACUGCAAUCACCAACUGGAGAACUCAUCCGGCAGUCAUUCAGUUUUGGUUUUGCGGCGUCAAACAACGAAGCCGAGUACGAAUCCCUUAUCGCAGAGCUCCGUCUCGCCAAGGCAGUGAAACCCAAAAGAAUCAGCGCUUACUGCAACUCUCAACUUGUCGUUCCUCAUGGAGAAAAUGUCUGUGCCGACGCCCUCACUGCUCUAGGAAGCAAGCUACACGAUCAAGUCAAGAGGACAAUCCCAAUCCACAAAAUCGAGAAACCGAGCAUCGACACGAAGGCAGAGCAGACGGCGAUUGCAGCAGCGAUCAGCGAAGCGAUGGACAUCGACGAUGCAGAACCUCCUUCGCAAGAUGAUCAGCCAACAGAUUGGCGCAAGGAACUCAUCGAUUAUCUCGCUGAAGGUUUAUUGCCCACCGAGAAAUGGGAGGCUCGGCGACUGAAGCGACGUAGCGCACACUACGUCUUCAUGGACGGGGAACUACACCGAUGGACCGCCGGUGAAGAAACGAGACUCGUCACGGCCGAAACGCACGAAGGAGCAGCAGGCAAUCACUCGGGUGAGCGAGCUCUCGCAUUAAAAGUAAAGAACCUCGGAUUCAACUGGCCAACCAUGAACUCCGACUGUGAGACAUACGCGCGCAAAUGCGAUAAAUGCCAGCGUCACGCCACCACCGUACAGAGUCCAACGGAGUUCCUUCACACCCUAACUGCUCCAUACCCAUUUAUGCGGUGGGGAAUGGACAUCAUCGGUCUGAGGCCAGCAUCUCGACAAAAGAAGUUCAUCCUGGUCCUCACAGAUUACUUCACCAAGUGGGUUGAAGCCGAAGCCUAUGCCAGCAUCACCGACAAGGAGGUGAAAAACUUCGUCUGGAAGAACAUAAUCUGCCGGCACAGGCUCUCAUACGAGAUCAUCACAGACAACGGUUCGCAAUUCAUCUCGCAUCAUUUCAAGGGAUUCUGCGACAGAUGGCAAAUUCGACUCAACAUGUCGACCCCGAGAAACCCGCAAAGAAACGGCCAAGCCGAGUCGACAAACAAGACCAUCAUCGACGGUCUGAAGAAACGACUCGACUUAAAGAAAGGUUGCUAG